AUGGGAGUAAAGUGGGACCGACAAUCAGCGGCCGUUGCUGCGGUUGGUCAACGUCCUAAUUGGCUAAUGGCAGUAACUACUCGCCUAGAACUAUGCAAAAUACGUAAGACAGAUAAUCGUUAUAAUUUGAAAGUCGGAACGAAGUUUUAUCGGGUGGAGGUAGAACCGCUGCAGAUAGACUCUCCGAGUAUUCGAUGUCAUGCUGAUGAGUAG